GGGACAGCCAGAGUCAAGGGCGCGCUUUUAAUCUCUCUUCCUUUUUGCAACUUGCUGAUCGCCCUUAAAAAGGUUAACUAGAACAACCACGCUCGAGAUACGAAGAUUUCCAGUGUCCGAAUGGCUACUUCGGAGGAACGACAAUUCGAGUACGACGUAUUUUUGAGCUAUAACCGAUGCGAACGUGAUGCCCGCAGCUUCUUCCCGCAGCACCUGCACGACGCCUUGAAUCAGAGAGGCAUCAAAUCCUACAAAUAUAGCGAAGAUCUCGAAAAGGGCGAAGAAAUAGCCCCCGAGGUCGAUGAGGCCAUAGAAAAUUCUCGAAUUGCCCUCGUGAUCUUGUCAACACACUACGCUUCUUCGGCAUCAUGUUUGAGCGAGUUGGUAAAAGUCCUAGAGCAGAACAACCUGAUUGGGAAAAGGGUGCUGGUUCUGUUUUAUGGAGUGAAGCCGAGCUGCGUCCGAAGACAGACAGAGAGCUACCAGGCAGCAAUGGAGGAGCACGUGGACCGGUAUGGGAGCAGUUCGGAUAAGGUGAGGCAGUGGAGAGAAGCUCUUACGGAAGUCGGGGACAUGCGCGGGUGGAUUCUCGCCGGUAAUGGAGACGAAGCAGAGUUUAUUCAAGGAGUUGUUCUGGAUAUUGAAACAAUGCUACGGCAACUGAAAGCGCCGACCGCCCCGGAAGCGAGUCCUAAGCACUCAAAUUGGGCCGUAGUCAUUGGGAUUUUGACGGUGGGUGCACUACUGAUUUGCUCCCCUUCUCUUAUUCUUCUGACGUCCGGACAUGCUGGCUCCUUCCCCACUGGUGUAGUGAUUGUUUUUGUCUCUGCCAAUGUUUUCAUGUACCUCUUAUUUGCCGCUCGAAUUCUUUAUAGUAAGAUGAGACGGAAUACUGCCUAA